AUGAGUUUCCGAACUGCCGCUUCUCUCAUCGCUUUGCUCGGCCUCAAUGCCGGGCUGUCGGUUGCCGCUGGAGGCGCAGAGGGCGAUGCAGGCCGCACGACCAUCGGCUUCAGGUCCGUGGGCCAGGAAGAGAAAGACCUCCUUACCAAGGCGGGCUCCCUUAUCCGGAGUCGUAACACAGCCGCCACCCACAUUGGAGACGGAGUCUACCUAGGCAAUAGCCCGAUUAAACGUGAUGGCGAGAGUCUCUUUAUCGUCACCGCUGACGAAGCCGCUUUCAAGGCCGCGUCCAAGGUCUGGGUACCCCAGGAAUACUUCACUCUGCCCGUCGAGAGAGAAAAUGACAUCCUAGGAGAGAGAGAGGCUGCAAUUUCCAGGGAUCAGCUUGAGUACUAUAUUGAAGAUCAAGGGCUUCAUUCGAGUCGUACCGUGAAGUUGGCUGGGAUACACGGAUCUGUGUCGGAUGACAUCCAGCAGAUGCUCAUUCCCAACGAGAUGAUUUCCCAUGACCAAAACGGAGUCCCCAUCGAAACAGAGAGCAAGCUAGAUACCAAGAUUGAAGAACCGAGCGGCCCCAUGUUUUGGCAGGUUGAUUAUGAGGAAUGGGAGGGAAUACAAGGCAGCAGGGUCUAUACCGAAGACACACUUCGCGCAAGGAGCGCUUCCCUGGCAGAAAAGGCAACCAAGGCCGUGACAGAGGCUGAAAAACUCGUCGAGUCGGAUUCUCCCGCCGCGGCAGAGGCCAUAGCAGAGGCCGUCGCCACGGCAAAGAGAUGCGCCGAGGGGGUCGGCCACUUUCACAGAAAGCGCCCCGAUUGGGUCGACUUUGACGACUUCAACACGGUGUAUAAGCAGUAUUCUAAUGCCCGCAAGGCCGAGGCCAAGCUCCGCAAGUUGAAGCUGACCAAGGCCGUGGAGGCACAAAAGAGCAAACUAACCGAGGCGGCGGAAAAGGUAACGGAUGAUGCAACCCGGGCUUCUGGGAUUGCCGAGGCAGAGCAGGCCGCCGCCGAGAGCAACAAACUGCUCCAAACAGCCGCGGACGAGGCCGAGGGUGUCAAGAAGGCCCAUGAAAAACUCGAAUCUGUCCGGAAACAGUUGGACGGCGGAGAGCAGGAGGAAUUCAUAGAGCUCCUGGCAAAGAACCCCCGAGCUGUAUGGGCCACACUACAAGAGUCCUUUACGAGCAUGAAUGGCAAGCCGGCAGCAUCGCUCGACGCCGCUAUAAUAGACGAGGCAGACAUCACUCAGGAAGAAUACUCCAUCUUUCAGGAGGGCGUCGACGAGGCCAAGGCCAUGGCUACCGAGAUCGGGGAGGGUGUGAGGGCCCUCCAGAUGACGGUCGGACAUCCUGAAAUCCUGUGCAAACGUGGGGAUAUAGACUGCAUCCUCGUUCCAUCAGAUAAGGAGAAGCUCCCCACAGCCGAGAAGCCCGCCAAAAUCGAGCCGGCCAACGAGGGCGAGCUCAUUGCCAUAGCCCGGCAGAGGUCCAAAGAGAGCUUCGACGACCUCCUGACGGAUUUCAAGUACAAAAGCGUAGUCAAGCACGACCAGCUAUACAAGGAGCUGAACGAACGCUUGCCAGAGUUCAGUCCAGUGUCAAGGACCGAGAGAAUCGUCAGCCUAUCUACCAAGUUUGGCGAAGGCGCCCUAGCCGUCGCCGGACUCGCACUCUACGGCAAAGCCGUAGCCGACGUAUUCUCCAGCGACACCAGCAGCGUCCUAGACAAGGCGGCGGUCGUCACGUCCAUCCUCCCCGGCGUCGGGUGCGCCGUCCAGCUCGCCGACAGCGUGGAGCACGGCAACGUCGACGCCGGCCACACGGCGCUGUGCUUCGCCGAAGACGCCCUCCUCGUCUCGGGCUUCUGGGAGAUCGCGCUCGUCAUGCAGCUCACCGAGUCGCUAGCCAGCUGGAUCGAGGCCGGCAACGAGCAAGACAAGCUCUUCGACACCGAGGUCCUCCGGAGCAAGGGGCUCGCCGGGUGGGAGGCCAACGUCGACCGGAUGCUCAAGCACAUCGCGUCCGACGAGUUCGCCGCCAACACGACGACGCGCUUUGCCACGUACCAGAUCCUCGUGCUGUACCAGGCCUCGCAGCUGACGGGCGACCUGCACGCCUCGCACAAGGCCGUCUCCGGGAAGCCCGGCAACCAGACGGACGAGAUCGUGCCGCACAUCGAGCCCGAGUUCCGGCGGCAGAUAUGCGCCGCCAUGGCGCAGAGUAAGUUCCAGCUGCGGCAGAAGCUCGAGGCCGUGGCGCUGGAGCACGCGAAGAAGUUCUCCGAGGAGUACAAGGACAAGUUCCUCAAGGACUACCGCGAGGCGGCGACCAAGCCGAUUCCGUUUCUGGGGAUUCCUAUUUCCUUUGGGGCGGGGAAUCUCGACGAGGUGCUCGAGGACGCGAGGCGGUGGCCUUUGCCUCUGCACGAGGGCAGGAUCAAGAGGGCGAUAAGGGAGGUGGUUGAGCGGCUGGAGACGCCGGCGCAGUGCAAGUGUUUGCAGGGCAGUAAGAAGGCUCCGUGCGAGUAUGCGGACUGCAGCACGCCGAAACCCCCCAGGGGAAGAAAGGACGCCGCAGGGAGGGUGUACGUGACCAACGUGCAGUCUGAGGAUCAUGCUAAACAGAUGCGCUUAUGGGAUGAGUGCGUGUCACUCUAUACCACGUGUCCGUAUCCUGGCUUGACGGGCGAGGUUGGUAGACAAUUAUGGUGUACGCCUGCGUCUUGA